UGCUGCUGCUGCUGCUGCUGCUGCUCUUCCGUGCUUGUCGCUGCUUGGUCAGCCCCGCCUCGAUUUAUAAACUCCCGCCUUUCGUUCGGCUGACCACGACUUGUGUCCAUCGCUUUCGUGUCUACUACUGUUUCAUUCCUCGACGUUAUAACUACACGUAUUACCAACAACUAUCACGUCCACUCGCAGACUUCGCCAGACGACAUUGCGACAGCUGCUUCAACCUCGCCGGCACGCCUGAUCUCACACAAACACACACACACACAGACACCAUGUCGGACCACACCUACGAGUUCACCGUCACCAUGACCUGCGGCGGCUGCUCCGGCGCCGUCGACCGCGUCCUCAAGAAGCUCGAUGGCGUCAAGACCCACGAAGUCACCCUCGGCAGCACACUCGGCAAGCCCGCCGAGGAGGGCACAGUCAAGGUCGUCGCCGAGCCGACCCUCGACUACGACACGGUGCUCCGGACCAUCAGCAAGACGGGCAAGAAGGUCAACUCGGGCAGCGCCGACGGCCAGCCCCAGAGCAUCGAGGUGUCUGCUUAAGCUUCCGUUUUUGCUUUCAUUUAAGAGAAGAAGACUGGUUGUGAGAUGAAAAAGACAUGGGGGAGAGGGGGACAAGAAGAAGCACCAGCACCAGCAGCAGAAGAAGCAGAAGAAGGAUAAAGAAUACCAAGCGUUGCAAUUCAUGAUAAAUAUACAUUUUUCUUUCGUA